AUGGGAGUCUCCACAGAGGAUGUCCUGCUGCCGUACGCAGAGGGCCACGGUCCCUCGCACGCUCACCGCCACGUGAAAGAAUGCCAGUCUGUAAAACACGGUGCCACGACGUAUGAGACGUGGCCGUCCAGCAGCCAGGACACGCUGCCAGAGGCCGAGUCCAGCGUGUUCAUAUCGGAGGUACCGGGCAGCGCCGAGAGGUCCCGCUGGCUCUACGGUCACCUGACGGUGGUGCGCGACCCGCUGAGGACGCUGUCGGUGCUGGAGCCGGGCGGGCCGGGCGGCUGCCAGACCAGCCCCAGGGUGACGGUGCAGGAGACGGCGCUGCCCGCCGGCUGUCUCUACGCCCAGAACGCCGGCUUCUUCAACACCACCACCAACGGGUGUCUGGGCAACGUGGUGAGCGACGGGCGGAUGGUGAGGGACAGCGGCGGCGUGCAGAACGCCCAGUUCGGCAUCAGGGAGGACGGGAGCCUCGUGUUCGGCUAUCUGUCACAGGAGGACGUCUUGGACCAGUCCAACCCGUUCGUCCAGCUCGUCAGCGGCGUGGUGUGGCUGCUGAGGAACGGAGAGGUGUACAUCAACCAGAGCAUAAAGGCCGAGUGCAACAAGAUGGUCGAUCAGGAGGUGUUCAGUGAUUUCGUGGACGUGCUGUCAGCGAGGACGGCGGUCGGUCACGACGCCAGCGGCAACGUGGUUCUGUUUCACGUGGACGGACAAACGUUGAAAAGAGGGAUGAAUCUCUGGGAGGUGGCGCAGUUCCUGAAGGAUAAAGGCGUGAUCAACGCCAUCAACCUGGACGGCGGCGGGUCGUCCACCUUCGUGAUAAACGGCACCGUGGCGAGCUACCCACCCGACAUAUGUAAACCAGACAGCAGGUGGCGCUGUGCCCGGGCCGUCUCCACCGUCCUCUGCGUCCACCGGCGCCGCUGCCGGCCGGAGGACUGCGGCGGACACGGAGACUGUGAGGACGGACGCUGCCGGUGUCGGGACGGCUGGCGGGGCGCCGCCUGCGACGCUCCGGUCUGUGAUCCUGCAGCCUGCGGACCCCACGGAGUCUGCACCGCCGAUGGCUGCGUCUGUGCUCCUGGAUGGAGAGGACAGCACUGCAACAGAGUUUGUGUACCAGGAUACUUUGGCGCCGGCUGCAGAAACUCAUGUAUAUGCUUUAACGGAGCUUCCUGUAACCACGUCAACGGACGCUGCUCGUGUCUCCCCGGUUUCUACGGCAACUUCUGUCAGCAAGUGUGUCCUGCAGGUUUUUACGGUCUGAACUGUGCGGAGACGUGUCGGUGUGAGGACCUGUGUCCGUGUGACCCGAUAACAGGAAGCUGCAAAGCGGGUCGGUGUUUGUCUCAACAGAUGCUGACUCUCUGGAGACAGCAGAAGGAGACGAACAGAGACGAGUUGUACCUGACAGAACGGACGUGGCUGACCAUCACCGCCCUGCUGUCCUGUCUGUUUUGUUUGCGACUGUUGGUUCACUUCACGUGGGCGAGCCACAGGUGGCUCCUUUGCAGCUUUUCCUACAUGCACCUUUCACGGAGAAUCAUCAAGACAGAGGCGCUGCCUGCCAGAUACAACCAGCUUCCAUAGGAACAUGUUCUUCUAUAGGAACAUACAAACAUUUCUGGAAGCAGUGGAAAGGGAAGAGAGAACAUUUUCCUGACAUGAAAGACUCUUUAAAGAUUCUUUAUGCAGAAGUGUAUUGCAGCAGCAGACAGAUAUGUUAUGAGCUCAUGCAUUAGCUGCAAACCCUGGAGAGAUGUUGAUGUGGACAUCAAGGCUGCUCCACCUCCUGAGAGAGAAGAAGACGUCCAGACUCCAGGAGGCGAAGCUGAGCUUUAACGUCAGUAUUUUGUUGAGAGAAGCUCUUUAACUCGUCUCCAUAAACUCCCUGAUGCAGCAGAUCUGACGUUUGGACAGAACAAACAUACGGAAGGGAAUUGUGAUAAUAUUUCUCACUAUUUUCACUAUCAGUCCAUUAAUGGAGAUAAACAAAUAUCCUGCUUUUACAUGAAUGCAUGAAUAAAAAUAAUUUAAUAUUAUAUAAAAACAACAUAACAUAACUAUGGAAGCCCAUUUCCGCCAGUUAUCAAAAUAAAACUAAAUAAAUAAAUACGAAAUAAAGAAAAGUUGACAAACUUGAGAUAAAAAGUAGAAAUUAUGAGAUAAAAAGUCAAAAUUAUAAGAUAAAAAGUCCUAAUUAUGAAUAAAAAAACUAAAUUUAGAUUAAAAAGACGGAAUUAUGAGAUAAAAAGUCAUAAUUAUAAGAUAAAAAGUCUAUAUUAUUAGAAAAAAAGUCAAUAUUCUGAGAUAAAAAAGUUGAAAUAAUACAUAAAAAGCCAUAAUUAUGUAUGAUAUAUAAAAAGUCAUGACUU